AUGUUCGAGGACGUAAUGUUCCCUAUGCGGACUCUCUACUGCCCACCAGUGCCGCCGUCGAUGCUCAUGGGCCGCUACAGACCCCCACCGCGUCCAGGGCAUAAGUACCGCAACGACAUAUCGCUUGCGGGGCCGCUGGAACAUUGGGCACAGGCUCAAGUGGCACGCAUGUGGCGUGGCGUCCUCACACGCCGUCGCCUGCGCAACGAGCGCAAUUACUAUGAAGUGCGCACAAGGCGAGCUACCAUGAUCCAGUGUUGGUGGCGGUGCCUCCGCGCCAUUUGGAAGCGUCGGAUGUUGCAUAACCUCCGUGAGGAGUGGGCGGCGAGUCGGCGGGAAAAAAUGGUAAAGGAUCGGCUGAAGGGUUAUGACCUUAUGAUGGCGUGGCAACGCAAGCGGCUGGAGGACGCAGUGAUCAAGUUGCAGCGUGUUAUUCGGUGGUACCUCAGCAAUCGACCGACCAUCGGCAUACCUCAGAUCCAAGACAACAACGUCGACUAUGCUGCCCCAAAGAGGCUGCCAUUCCCACUGAGGCGCCGCAGGAAGGUGUACUUCCCGUGGCGCCGGAGAUCCAACGCAAAGACAAAUGGUUCACAGUCGACUACGUCAAGUGAUACUGGCAAGGCGCCUGGCACGAAGGGACGGUCCUCUUCGCUUCAGUUCCGCAAGGAACGCAAACAGAUUUUCCCAGCCACGGUUGAGGAAGCGAAGGUGAUUAACGAUGCGAUGCGGGUGCGUGAGGAGCAACGCGCCCUCACUCUCGCGCAGCCUGAGGUGCAGGAUCGCCUCCAAUGGAAGCGUGAUGGCCUUCGUGAGAAGGACUUUGACCACAACGCGGGCAUGAUUCAGCGCUUGGCGAAAUACAAAUGGGAUGGAUGGAAGAAGGAAACGCUGAAGAUCACAACAGAUUAUUUUGACAUAAAGGUGCGCACAAUUCAGCGUGGGUUCCGCGUAUUCCAGACACUGCGAAGGAUGCGCCGAGCGCAGGUAGGUGUGGAGAAGCGUUCAGCGUACAAGAAUCGAUCCUAUGCAAACGCCAAACUGGAACUUAUCAGGGAAGAGACAGCGUGGCAAAACAAGUUGCUUAACUGUGCUGCACAGACCAUUCAGUUGAUGUGGGCACGCUAUAAAUACAGGAAGCAGCAGUGCGACCCGUUCAUGGAGGCGGAAGCGCAGGAGGUGGCAGUGGAGGUACCACCGCCGCCAUACAAUUUGCUCACCGAGCACAUUGCGCGCGAGCGCACUCUGCGGGACGUGGCGCGGUCGCGGAUGGAGAGGGAGAUGGAGGCGGCGAGUAAGGCGGUGCGACGCUUGCGUGAGCGGUAUGUGCCCAAGGAAAUAUUGGUCAUUAGCGGCGAUGGUGUGUACUUCAAAAAUGACGCCACGACGGAGGAAAAUUCCAACGACAACGAGGUGACGGCGAUGUAA